AUGGAUGAUGUAUAUCCAUGCUUUCCGAUCCGAAGCCAGAGUAGACCGUUAAUGGUAGUCUAUAUGGUCGAAGAUGAGGUAUUGCUUCAGGACGUCCCGGUAUCACCUCUUGGGGGUUACGCAAGCCAGUGCCAAUUUGCCACCGAGCACAAUCUUAGGGAGGCGGUGAUCCUCUAG